AUGAAGCUAGUGGUGGAGUUCAGCGAGAAAGCAAGCUGCUACGCAUCUUUGCAUGACAAGGAUGCUUCCGAGCUUUUCCGACCGCCGAGACGGGAGUUUUGCAGAACUUUGCGGCUCCAGCGUGCAGACGGAGAUGUAUUCGUGGGUUGGGUAGGUGAGCAUUCCCUCACCCCUGGCAGAUUGGUGCUUUCCAAACCAUUUGCAGAAUGCUUGGGCUUGGAAGAAGGAGAGCAGGUUGAUGCUUUUCCUCACCGAGCUCCCAUUGCCACAUCUGUCAUGGUACAGCCGAACAGCAUCGACGACUGGGAGGUCGUCGAGUUGCAAGCGAGCUUCAUUGAAGAGAACUUGCUGUCGCAGGUGGCAGUGCUGAUGCCAGGACUGAGCUUCCCGGUCUGGGUCCAUGGACAACUGGUCGCAAAGCUUCGUGUUGAUGCAGCAGAUUCGAAUAAGUCUGCCUGCUUUGUGCUGGGUCGCGACACGGAGCUGGCGAUCGAGUCGAAAAGGCGUUCGGUGGAUGCAGUUCCCAUCAUGGGGGACGGCACCGAGACGGCAGCCUUCGCUUCUUUCCGUGUCAUGUGUUUGGAUGAGGAGUCCUCGACCCCUGCGGGCAGAGUUUCCCAGGAGGAUUUGGACGACUUCUGUGGAGGUGGCUCGCAGAGUUGUCUUGCCUGGGUCAUGCCACCCGACGCCACCUCAACGAGAGAGAGAAGGCCUGCAGCUUCUGCACCUGGUGCACACUUGUUGCGCCUCACAGUGGACGUCAAGGUUCCCCGUGGACACAUCGCCCUCAGCGCCUGUUUGGCCACCUGGGCGAGGAUUCCAUGUUUCAGCGUGGUGACUGUCUGCUACUGUCACCAGGUGCCUGUGUUCAUGCCGCACAUUGAGCUGGUGCCCUGCUAUCCAGAGCACUGGGUCAACAGCGCUGUUGUUGGUUCUGCUGCUCGAGAAGAUGUUUGUUGGAUCCGAAGACGUUUCGAAGCCCUCAUCAAGUCCUGUGAGGGAAUUGACUUGGCGGAUGGCUCUGUCCUUCGUCUGCAAGCCGAACGACCGAGAGCUGCGGAAAAUGUGCCACCGGAAGCACGUGCAACGUCAAUAAGAUCGUCUGCAGGCGAGAGCAACCUGGAGGAGGUCGACUUGUACGACGACUUGUCGGACAUUGAGGACAUCUAUCAGCGGCAUUCGGACCCUCCCAUCUUUGUGGACGGUCUUGGUGUGUACGAGGUGGACCUUGGGCUUGACUUCGAUGUGAAGACUCAAAUUGAUUCAAUUUUCCCGAUGGGUGCAGCAGCCAAAGAGCACUGGGCCCUGGAAGAGAAUCCAGAGGUGGUUCUCGUGUACAUACGCUUUGCUGUGGGGGCAGCACGUGAUUUCAGGAGCGGUCCUGAGAAGCCUCCUUUCACCCGGAUCACUGCGGGUGGUCUGCUCGCGGGGGAACCGCGUGUGACCAUUGCCUGGGAGGAUGGUGAUCCUGUUCGUCACAAUGUGGAGCCACUAGGUGUGAUGUGGGCGGCGAUGCCAAUACAAGCUCCAGAGGAGUGGGCGGAGGUCAUGCAGCUUGUGCAUGCACCCUGCCAGAACUCCAUCGACACGACCAGUCUUUUCUCAGAGCCCUACUCCAGUCUGCAUCGAUACGUGGAGGCCUCCUUGGGAUGCCAUCUUCCCAUGCCGACGACCGAUGCACUGCCAUCCCAAUGCCCAGUGCUGCCUGGCAUCGUUGCUGUCGUUGGACCACCGGGGUCUGGCAAGUCAAGACUUUGUCAGAGGGUACUGGGUGACCUCGUGGAGGAAGGAGUUCUAUCUGUGCAGGUUGCUUGCAGCAAGCUUGGACCUGGGAGGAAGUUCAAGGCAGUGCAG